AUGUCCAAUUCAGAACCAUCCACUGAUUUUGACGAGUUCUUUUCAGAAAACAACUUCUAUUCAGCACCCAGCAACAACAGCUCCAACCAUAUCAAUAAACUUCGAAGCUCGGUACAGAUCCCUAACUCACUAAGCUCUAGAAGUAUUAAAGAUGGCUUGAGGGUGGACAAUGAGCUUUUAACCCAGAAAUUAUCCAGUUCCACCAGCCGCACUUCAAUUAUCAAGUCAUCUCCUAGUUUAAAGGCUUUGGAAAGCAUUCUUAAUGAGAAGAGUAAAAAUAGGUCACCGGGCACACUUGCUCAACUGGUUACUGAAGAGGAAGAGGAAGAGGAGGAGGGAGAGCAAGACGAAGCGGAAGAGAAACAAUUCGGAGACGAUGAAGAGGAAGAACUAAAGCACCACGACCCUUUAGAUAUCAAGAAUAAAUACAGCCCUGAGAGGUUAUCUGCACCGGUUAACUAUAGAAGUUACAAUGCGACCCUGGAAACGGUCAAUUCGGGGCAAACAUUUGAGACUGCUGAUGAAGCAAUCGGAAAUGAGUAUCAAUAUGCCAAUAAAUCAAGUAAUAAACGGGCUUCAAACAUCUCACAUAAGGCCAAAUCGUCCAUUUCAACAAUAAGCGGGAGUGGAUACAGCACCGAUGAUACUCCUAUCUUAGGCCAACCACCUACUUUUCAAAAUUUCACUCAACAUAAUUUUGAUUCCCCGCAGUUGAAAGUUAUUGAGACCGGUGCCCAACACAAACUGGGGUCCAAAGAUGAUACCCUAAUCAAUGAUACUACGGAGUCGCAAAUGAAUGACAUUACUGAAGAAACUGUUAGCGUUGACUUGCCGGAACCAAAAGUUCACAAAAAUUCUUUCGGAGAUGGCGCAAAGGAGAGAAAUAAAAAAGCCCAGAAUAAUAAUAAUUUUAGUAACACAACAAAUAAUUUCAGUUUAGACAAAAGGGAUAAAAAGUUAGAUCAUUUCUCCAAUUCACCGAUUGUUGAGUCUCCAACUGAGCAAAGGGGUGGCAAGCUGGAUAGAUAUCAACACCAACUCCAGCAAUCACAUAAUAAAUCGAGCCGAAAUUUCAAGAGCGCGUUUGCACCAUUAUCUAAGCCGGCAAUUCCACCACAAAAUAAUAAUUCUAACAAUAGUAAUUUGCAGAAGAAAUUUUCAGCCGACGCAACGAAUUUUGGAAAUCAACCCUCAGCAGCCAAGCCACAGGAUUUCAACCCUGAUAUGAAUUAUGAACCUUAUACUAAUAAGAAGCCAAAUUCAAAAGAACCCAAGAAAGGAGAUAUAAAACAACCAAGUAUGUUGUCUGUCUUAUCUCCGAAUGAGCAAAAUUUGCAAAAUGAGGGAAGGAAGAAUCUUGCACCCAACCAACCGCAGCAAACUGUUUCAUCUCAAAACAAGUCUCAACCAGCAGCACCCACAACGCCAACACAGAGGUCGCCUCAUUUACGAUCAAAUUCGACAUUUUCUUUGAAUUUUAAUAAAAAGACACCUCGCGAUGACAAUAAGCCACAAUUGCUACACAAGAGAAGCUCGACAAUGGAUGAUUUGAACAAAGUGUCCAAUGGACAUAUUCAAGAUGCCCCUGCGGAGAAGAAGAAGUUUAGUUUUAGAUCGCUUUUCAAGUCAAAGUCCAAAAGCCAUGAGUUGAAUAAGGCCCCAGAGUCAAGUGAUACCCGAGCAGUUAAAGCGGCUGGAAAAUCAUAUUCAACAACUAAUAUCCCAUUAUAUCGUCCAGAAGAGUCGGGAACUACCAAGGAUGCGAAUAGGACAGAUUUACUGCUUCCACCAUUAACAAAGACCAAGUCGAACAUAUCGAUUAUGAGUGUUUUCAAAAAGAACAAAUCAUCAGACAAACUUCACAGUUUGGGAAAGACUGAGGCCGCAGGUAAGGACAAGACUAAAGCAGAGACUGCCAUAGAUUCAGAAGCACCCGGUGCAGGUGCUACGGCAAACGACCGCGCAGGAGAGGAAUCGGACGGUUCUCCUGUAUUGCUUGAUGAAAGAUUUGCACCACUACAAUCACAAGCACCAAGUAAAGCAGUUGCUACUCCCGGCUCUGUAAAUUUUAUACGUGAAGUCAGCGACAGCAAUCUUGCAUUUGGUGCAAUCAAGCCAGCCUCGGAGAGUAGUGAUACUGAGCUGGAUCAAUUUGAAGAUGCCGAUGAGGAUGCCAAUGAAGAUGACGAAGAAGAAAAUGACGACAAGCUCUCAUUCGAUCCAUCAGCAGAUGAAAAAUUUGAUGUGUAUGAUUCCAAAAACUUGCAAGCAAAUCCGCCGGUGCAAAGGUUAUCAAAUCAUAAACAAGGUGAAGAAAUUCUGUUGAUUCCACCAUUAAUUCAAGAUACUCAAUUUGGAUCGCCUUUCAAAGUUGACUAUCAAAGCUCACCAGAUGCUAAGCGGCCAGGUAGAAAUAUGGAAGCAAACCCAUUGGAUAGAAACUCUAUUUUUGCCAACUCCGACAAUAGCAAACAAUUUUCAGCAUCGAUGUCUCCCUCUGCAUCGCCGGUGCCAAAGAGGUAUCCUAGCCGUAAAGAGGAUAAGAGCUAUCAAUUGUUGGGAGAAUCAUUGUUCCCCAGAUCGCUUAGUGCGCAUGAGGUUGAGAGCAUUGUGUCAUUGGAAAGAUCAAGGUCUUUAAAAUCAAUCAAGUCGAACAAACGUAGUUCGUUUGUCAAUUACGAUGGAAGUGAUGAUAAUAUUGUCCAUUACAGUGGACCCACCUUGUCACCACACAAUCCUAGUGGAAUCACUAGAUCGAGUUCAAUAUUGAAAAAUUCCACCAGUAAACCAAGCAAUUUGAGCAAGGAACUUGAUCCUCCUUCGAUUGAUGCAAAUAUAUUGGAUGAUAAUGGUGAUGAUGAGGGAGCAAUGCCUAAUUCGAGUUCGGUAUACUCCCAAGCCGCAGAUGGUUCUUUGAUAAAAUCUCAAUCACUAGCUGCUUCACCACGCCCUGAUGAAAAUUCUCUUCAGUAUAAUUUGAUGGAUACUUCAGAUUAUAACGAGUUCAUGGAGUUUAGUGACUUUAUUGAUGUUGAUAAUUUGACAUUUAAUUAUUCGCCUGCUGCUAUGGCAUCUGCUUCUGCCAGUCCCAGACCGGAUGUGAAUGGUUCCAACUAUGAUGUGAAUGGUUCCAACUAUGAUGUGAAUGAAAGACUACGGGCAGAAGUGAGUUUACAGGAAAAUGAGACUGCAGAUGAGAUGGUAGACACACCAGAUAUUCGUGUUGAUGAUGAUGGUGAUGAAGAAGAAGAAGGUUCAAUGCCGUCUUCUCAACUUGCCCCACCAGUGUUGCGAAUUGAUACGGUUGAUUUUCCAAAUGUUACAGCUGAUCUUAACUCACCAGCUCCAGCUGUGGUUGAAUCGAGGACACCUUCACCUUCUCCACUUUCAAUGAAAACUACUGAAUCUCCAAAGACUAGUGUGGAGCUUGUUGAUGGGUUUGAACAUUAUGCAAAAGUUAAUGAUGAAUCAUUGGCUGGCAAUGAUGAGGCAACUUUGGGUGACAGUGAGCGUGGAAAUGUUCUUGUUGGUGAUUCACUGAGCAAUGAAGAGAAUUAUGUUCCGAUAGAGGGUGACAAGGGUAUUGAUGAUAAUGCCACUGAAGUGAUUAAGAGCUCGCCAAUUUUGGACAGUGCAUACAGGAACACCAAAAAGGGAAAAUCCAAUUAUAAUAAUCGACCAAUAUCGAUGUCAUUCAAAGGGUUGAACAAACCAUCCUUUUCGGGUAAGAUUGCUCAACAUGAUUUAAGGAGCAGCGAUUCGCAUCAAUCGUUUACCAUUUCAUUUAAUGAUGAUCUGUCGUCAGUUGGUGGCGGGUUUGGAACUAGCAGCGACGACGACGACGAGGAUGAAGAAGAGAACGAGGAACAGAAUGCAACAGUACACGGGGAUGAAGAAUUGAAAUUAAUUGACGAUCAAAUGAACCAAGAGUUUAGCGAGUAUGAAAAGGAGAAUCUAGUGCCCAAUAACAAAACUAUUGUUGGUGGGAUACAACCACAACACAAUACACCAUCUGAGCAAUAUAAUUAUCAUCAACCAGGUAGGAAUAAAACACCACCAUCGAAAUCAAGGUCCAAAUUUGGUAAGGAGAAUAAUAAUCAGAAUAAUUCCGUUGACUCAUCAACUGGUUCGUAUUCACCUGAUUUUAAACUACCAUUACCUCCACCACCAUUUGGUACCAAGUUUAGUCAUAAUAAGAUCCCGUCGAUAUCUGACCAAUCAUCCACCAGUUCGUCGCCUCGAUCCUUCACAUCCAUGUUGGGCAGAUGGAAAAGGAGCAACAACAACAACAAUAAUGCCAACGUGUUGGCACCACGUGUUGCACCUCCACCUCCUGUGCCUACAAAACCAUCUGGUGUACGAUUCAGCUCAAGAAUUAUCUUGUAUGACACGUAUAAUGAUGAUGAAUAUGACCGUCACCCGGAUACUGCUACGUGUAACCAAUUGACUCCAAUGUUGGCACAACAAAUUAAAGAGGAGAUGAAUAUGAUCAAGAGUGAAAUGGAUGUUCAUGUUGAAAGUCGUUGUUAUACUCAGUUUUUCUAG